CCAAUUUAGAUAUAAAUUAAAUAUAAGCAAAUGGGUGAAGACAACAGCAAUGUGGUAUUGUUGGAUUUCUGGCCAAGCUCUUAUGGGAUGAGGGUGAAAAUUGCUUUGCAAGAAAAGGGUGUCUCAUAUGAGUGUAGGCAAGAAGAUUUUGAAGCUAAAAGUUCUCUGCUUUUGGAGAUGAACCCAAUUCACAAAAUGAUCCCAGUUUUGAUUCAUAAUGGUAAACCCAUUUGUGAAUCUCUCAACAUAGUUGAGUACAUCGAUGAGGUUUGGAACCAUAAACCUUCUCUACUUCCCUCUGACCCUUACAAGAGGUCCCAAGCAAGGUUUUGGGGCAAUUACAUUGAUAAAAAUGUAUACAGCAGAGGAAAGAAGGUAUGGAAUGGAAAGGUGGAAGAGAAAGAAGAGAGCAAGAAGCAAUUCAUAGAAUGCUUGAAGAUGUUGGAGGAAGAGCUUGGUGAGAAGCCAUAUUUUGGAGGUGAUGAAUUUGGUUAUGUUGAUGUGGCUCUUGUUCCCUUCACAAGCUGGUUUUAUACAUAUGAAACACUAGGGAACCUAAGCAUAGAGGCAUUUGUUCCAAAGCUUGUGGGUUGGACCAAAAGGUGCAUGGAAAAACAGAGUGUGGCCAAGUCACUCCCUCACCCUCAUAACAUAUAUGACUUUGCUUUGAAAUAUAGAGAGGCACAUGGAUAUGAGUAAAAUUUUGCUGCUAAAUGCAUGGGAAAGAAUUGCUUGAGUUUGUUUUUGUUUGUUUGUUUGUUUGUUUUUAUAUGUGCUAUAAGCAUCUACGGUGUUGUAAUGUAACAUUAAUGUUCUCUAUGGAAUCA